GCAAACAAGUGACACCGAACACAUCACGCUCAAAUCACGCUGAUGGGGACGGUGUUUAAUGCCGCAAGCUUUAAAACGCCUCAUCAUGCCGUCCGGCGUGAGAGGUAUUACGAGUGCUCUAAGUGGUUUGACUUUGACAUGGGAGAAUUCAUUAUCAUUCCCUCCCCCUCGAUCCCUUUAUUUCCCCCCUGCCAGUUCCCUCCAAUCUCCAUUCCCUUUCUCUCCACCUCCUUCCCCUAAUGUUACCCGACGUUGGAAGCUGUCUCAGGAAGUUUCCGUCUCCGUCCGUCCAUGGAUGAACUUGAAUUCCAUCGCCUUCUCGAGCACUUCCCUGUCAUCCGCACUCGCGAUUAUGACUUUGAAACUGAGAAGAGGCUAUCCGCAUCAUUGUCAUCUCGGAGCUUGGAGACAUCAAGAUCUGCGAGAAAUUUAGAGGCAUCCAAAUCUUCCAGAAGUUUGGAAGCGUCAAAGUCUUCAAGGAGUUUAGAGGCGGCGUCAAAGUCAUCCAAAAAACUGGCGACAUCAAAGUCGUCCAGAAAUUUUUCGACAUCGAGAUCGUCCAGGAACUUGGCGUCUUCAAGAUCGUCCAGAAAGUUGAUGACAUCAAAAACAUUGUUGCGAGAAUUCGUGGAAAGAGUAAAUAAAGGUGGUUUGGAGGCUAAGGAAAGCAACAGCCAUGAUGCAUUUUGGGACAAAGUCAAGCUAGUUGCUGAGAAGCAGGUUGGACCAGAAGAAGCAGAAAGGUUCCUUAGGAAUUUUCAAGAAGUUUAUAGGAAAGUUGUGUAUGAAGAACUGAGCUCGGAUGCAGCUCGAAAGUUUCUCAAGUCGCCUUGACUUAGGGUAUGGAGUGACAAUUUUGGUGUUUAUAGGGGCAUUGCCUAUUGCUGGUGUUGUGUGAACAUCUAUCUAGGAGGGUGUAUUUAAUUCGGAAUUUAAAUUAUUACGAGUAUGCCAGCUUUUUUUAUAAUAUAUAGAGCAUGUUAAAUUAUUGAUAAAUUGUUUUAAUUUCACGAUAUCUAGAACAACUCUAAGAUAUACCCACUUGUAUAUUGAUGAUGAUUAUUAAGGAUAUCUAGAAGAACUCUAAGAUAUACCUACUUGACCAAUUCAUAUUUCGGGUUAAAACGUACGUACGGGAUCCAGAACGGAUAUCACCCACCCGACAGUUCACUGUUCGGUUGGUACGUAAUCCACAUGACUCAUAGGGUGGAUUAUCGAUUCUUGUGUUCUGCAUUAAACUAUUUAUAGUUUA